UAGUACCACUGAAAAGUGAGGCAAGGUCUUUAGCCAAAGGAGAGAAAGAGAGAGAUUACUGAGGCAGAGUAACUAGUGUGGCAAAAUGAUGAAGGUUGAGGUCACUAUCAUUUCAAAAGAAACCAUCAAACCAUCUUUACCAACAUUGCACCAUCUGAAACCCUACAAACUCUCCCUCUUAGAUCAGGUCACUCCCGCAACUUACGUUCCCACAGUCUUCUUCUACCCUAUGAGUACUGAUCUCAAUCUCAACAUGUCCCAAAUUAUCGGUCAACUUAAAAAUUCCCUUUCAGAUACCCUCAAUAUCUAUUAUCCAUUUUCUGGGAGCAAAAAAGACAAUCUUUUUAUCCAUGAUUUUGACACAGGUGUUCCCUUUCUGGAAGCUCGUGCUAAUUGUUCCAUGUCUGAGUUCCUUAAGCACCAAGAAACAGACUUACUUAGUCUAUUCGUUCCGUAUCGUGCCUUCUGCAAGGAAUCAGAUACUGCUAUAGGUCAAAUGGCUAUCCAACUGAACCUCUUUGAUUGUGGUGGAAUAGCAAUCGGAUUGAGCUGCUCACAUAAGAUUGGGGAUGCAGCAACGGCGAGUUCUUUUCUUCAUUCUUGGGCUGCCACCUUUAGUGGGUCUCCAGAAAAAGUUAUAAAUCCAAAUUUCUCUGAGGGGUCAAUCAUAUUUCCACCGAGAGAUUCACUUCCACAAAAGUAUAUAGCUACAAUGGAUAACUUGUGGUUCAAAGAAGGUGAGUAUGUUACAAGAAGGUUUGUGUUCCAUGACAAAGCGAUAACCACCCUAAGGGAGAAAGCGAAAAGUGAACUAGUUCCUAAACCAACACGCAUUGAAGCACUGACAUGUUUCAUUUGGAAACAUUGCAUGGCAGCUUCUAAAGCCAAAUCAGCAGGUUUGGAAAAGGCAUCCAUGACCAUACUGGUCCAAGCAGUGAACUUGAGGACGCGAAUGAAGGCACACUUAUCCGAUGCUUCUAUUGGAAAUAUAUUUUGGUGGGCUCCCGCAGCAGCUGAUUUGGCUAUGGAAGAGAAAGAGUUGCAUGAAUUGGUGGACCUUGUAAACGAAUCCAUCGCAGGGUUUGAUAGCGAUAGUGCGGAAAGUUUGCAAGGAGACGAAGGUUUUUUGGCUUUCUCCCAUUACUUUGACCAAUUAGAAGAUAUGUUUUCUGCAGAACCAAAACCAGAUGUUUGUGCGUUUACAUGCUGGCUUAGGUUUUUUAACGAUAUUGAUUUUGGUUGGGGGAAGCCAUUUUGGGUUGGUAUCAUGGGGAAAGUUGGCCCUGCAUUUAGAAAUUUAAUAAUAUUCAGUGAAACCCCAUGGGGUAUUGGGAUUGAGGCAUGGGUGACCAUGGAUGAGAAGGAAAUGGCUAUAUUGGAGAAUGAUCCUGAAUUUCUUGCAUUUGCUUCCCUAAAUCCAAGCAUUUCAAUCUCUCUUUAAAAUCUUUGGAUAUGUUUUGUGUUCUUUUAAAGAGAAUGGAUAUGUUUCUAUUUGAUGCCAAAGUGAAGUAAAAUAGAAUUGGUCACUGGUACUUAUGACUUUGUGUAUGACAAUAAACCAGUAAUAAAUUGGUCUAUUAGUGUCCUAGUUUUGAUAGAAA